GUGUGCUGCCUGCGAGUAAAUCAUAAUGGCGGUGGUCUAAUAUGGCCGUUCAUACUUUUUUACGAAAAUAAUUGUUUGGUAUAUAUUGGCGAAAUAGUUGAUAUUCUUAAUUAAAUAUUGCGCUUUAUAUGGUCUACAUUGUGUUGGUAACAAUAGAAAGACAGUAUUGAUGUAUUCCCGUCGUAUGAUCAUAAAAUUGUGAAAGUUUAGCGGCUAUCCCAGAAAAAUGGAGUCUAGUAUUACCCAAGGAUAUGAAAAUGCGGGAAAUGUUUCUGAUGUAAAUAAACAGAUAUCUUAUGAAGAUAAUACCGUAGCUUACGGUCAGGAGAAUUUUCCUGUUGGAUCCCAAAUAGUAUCACAAGGAUUUCAUGUAGAAGGUGAUCCCUACACUGCUUCACAUGACUCUACAGUCUACAACCCAAAUGAUUCUAUCCAGCAGAUGGAAUUUGAUCAGCAAGAUCAGAAUCUUCCCCAUGAGACAUACUACACCUCCCAAGAAACCCAGUUGCAAGAAUCAUCUAUUCCAGAGCAGCCUUUGGUACAAGAGUCUGCUCUGGUGAAUGCAAAGAAAUCUGAUGAGAUAUCCAAUAGUGAAGUGACCAAUGAAAUGAUUACAGAAAUAAUUGAGAAUAAAGAAGAAACAAUUGAUAAUGAAACCAAUAAUGGUAAUGUAAACAAUAUUGAAACAAAGAAUAAUGAAAACAUAGAGAAUGUAGUUGUGGAGGACAAAGAUGUAGUUGAAGCAGAAACGAUAGUACAACAAAAUAUUGAUAAUGAUGAGGAGGAAUCAGCUAGUUCAAAAGUUGAAGAUUCAGUUAAGAGUGAAGAAAUAUCAGAACAAUCUCCAAAUGAUUCUACACCAGUUUCUGAAGAUAUUCUAAAUCAGAGUUCUGUAACUAACAUAACUGAAAGUGUUACUUUAACAGAUACUCCUGAUGAUAGUUUAGUACCUACUGAAGACCUUGGUGAAAAUAUUGCAAAGGUUAGUGUAGAAAAUAAAGUUCUGGAAGAAUCUGUCGAGAGUGAGGAGGGGAUAGUAGAUAUAUCUCUACAAGUAUCAGAUAAUAGUGUGAAUCUAGAAACUGUAGAAGAAUCUAUAGGUGAUAUUGUACCAGAAGCCCCUGAGAUAGACCUUCCUAUAGAGGGUGAUCUGAUUGAGUUACAGAAUUAUGAAGUGGAGAACAAUCAACAAGUCCAAGAUCAGUAUAUAUUUACAGAAGAAUCUACUUCUGUGCCAUCUAUUUCUUCAGAAGGAAUUUCAGCAAGCCAGACAGAAUAUGGGACAACUACAAAUUCAGAUAAACCUAUUAAACAAAGGAAGUUUCGUAAACCUAUACAUGACUUACCUAUGCAUUUGAUAGGGCAUGAUAUAAGUAAACCAGUUGAGGUUGUCAUAAAUGGAAGGUCUUUACCAAAACCUAGGCUUGGUGUUAAGGUUCCGUAUCUCAACUUGACUAGUCAGAUAGUAUCCAAGGCUGAGCUGGAAGAAGAGAUUCUUGAAAGAUCCAGACAAAAAGAGGCUAAUUCAAUAAAGACCAGAAAUAAGUUUGCUAGAAGUUUGACUCAAAGAUUGGCAAAUAAAAUAGCACCGGAAAAGACUGCAUCAGGGAAAAAGCUUAAGCAAGAACCAGAACAGGAUGAGCAGUCAGAGAAUGAAGACGAUCCUCUAUCUCCAAAACAUGAACAAAAUCAAGUACCUGCUGUGGAUGAUUCGAAAAUAGAAAAUGAUGACGAUUUGCUAGCUAUUCUAGAGGGUGAUGGGGAUGGAGAAGAUAUUCCAGUGGCCCCAAAAGAAAGUCAAGAGAGUCAAGUUGAUGACAGCAACUUAAAACUUUUGGAACGGGAAAUAGCUCUUCAACAACUACAGGAGCUGCCCCAUCAGGAGCCUACAGAAAAGGUAGUUAGGCCAAGAUUCUCAAGAUCUGCACCUGCAUUGAUAAAGAAGGAAUAUAAAGAGGAACAAGCCAAACCUAAACCAUCUAGCCCAUCAAAACCAACCUCGAAAUCUGCGCAACAACCAAAACAGGCAGAAAAUCAACAUAAAGAGGAGCAACAAUCAAAAUCUAAAACACAGUCUAUCAAAAAGUUGUCGCCUGCAAUUGACUUAAACGUGACAAAAGAAAAGAAACUUGUGGAUAUUGAACCUGAUCCGACAGAAAAGAAUCUUGUGGAGAUCGAACCUCAGGUUAAAGUCAACAUGGUACUGAAGACUUAUUCUAGGAAGAGGAAGCCCUCUGAUAUUCACGAAUUCGAAACGCCAUCCCCAAAGCGAUCUGCUUUUGAAGACCCAGACGCAAACCAAAUUUACGAAAAAGGUGAUCCUCUCGCACUCCCUUCAGAUGUUUAUGUGACUAAAAGUUCUAGAGUCAUCAAAAAGAAGGUCAUUUGGGAUCCGGAUGAUGAGCAGACUUCCAAACCGUCAGUUAAAAUAGUUGACACCUCCAAAGUUUAUGGCGCCAAGGCCGAGAAGAGUGACAAAAAGCAAACAGGAACUCCCACUGUUGACAAAACUAAAUCGGAUCAGAAAACUACCCCCAAAUCGACUGAGAAGAAUACUACCGAGAAGAAUAUCGUCAAGAAAAGUAUUGUCAAACCAAAGACACCGCUGAAAUCCAAGAGAGGUUUAAGCGAAGUGGACAGACUGCUUAUGGACGAAGGAGCAGUGAAGAUGCUCUACGAUCUAAAAAGCGACGAAACACCAACGAAAAAAAAGAAAACCAUCUAUUCUGUGGAACGCGCCACGAAAGACAUCAUAAAAAAAGCGAAUGUUCUUAAAAAUGAUCUCGUCCAAAACACCGGUGGCGAUUCCCAGAAAACGUUGAGAAAGAAGGAAGCAUCAGGGUCAAAUACGUCCUCGCCCGUUGUUAAACCGCCACCCAUUCAAGAACCUAUACCCAUUACGGAGCGUAAGAUGUCAAAAGAUUCGACGAGAAGUUCUGUCCACACGCCACCCAGAUCGCCCACAUUUUUUGCUUCACAAACUUCGAUGUUGAUUCGGAGAAGGUCGAGCAGUUCUAUGUCAAGCGACUCUGAAAAUGACUCUCAGCAAUCUAAGACUAAAUCGAACAAAAAGUCAGAAUCUUCCAAAUCGAAGAAGCAAAAGAAAACCGCCAGUAACGAUAACAACAACUCCACACCGAAUAAAGACACUAAGAAUGUCAAGUCUUCGAAAGAGAUAAUCCCCAAAGCUGUCAAAGGAGUACAGUACAAAUCAUUCACUAUGAAGAAGUCUGGGAAGCAUAUUUCCAUAGAUUUGCAUUAUAUCGAUGAUGAGUGUCUGUUUACCAAUCAGGUUCUAGACGAGCUUACCACAGCUUUGAAGAGACUUGAAAAAGAUAAAGACUGCAAUGUUGUGUCCAUCACAUCUACCAGUAAAGCGUUUUGUCUAGGACUUGAUUACGCUUCCCUUGUUAAGGAAAACAAAAACGAUAGGGUCGAAAGGGCGACAUUGCUGGCUCAAAAUGUUAGGCAAUUUUUACUAUGUCUCUUGAACUUCCCCAAAGUUCUGGUGGCCGGUAUUCAAGGAGAAUGUACAGGAUUGGGAGUCACGAUGUUGUCUCUGUUUGACACAGUUAUAGCAAGCGAUACAGCUACCUUCAGGACGCCCUAUGCAAGUCUCGGAUGUUUAGGGGAAGCAACAUUUUUAUUGAUGUAUCCAAAUCUAAACAGUAACGGAUUGGCUGCUGAAUUGUUAUACGCCCAACAGGUCUUGAAAGCGGAUGAAGCGUUUAGACGUGGACUGAUCUCAAAGUUGUGCUGGCCUGAAAAAUACAAGGACACGUUAAAUAAUUUUUUGACUUCAGCCGCUAACGGAUCGAGACAGAGUCUGGAGGCGACUAAGAGAAGGCUUCGAGUCAACACAAGGGAUCAAAUAGAAGCAGCUAUCAACGACGAAGUCGAGAUCCUGAUCGAUCACUGGACGAGUCCGGAAUGCCAGGAAAACUUCUCCAAACUCAAAAAAUAAUUAGAGCCCCGUUUAUAUAUCAGAAUAUUUAAAUCGUGUGGUACAAAUGAUUUUAUUGAAUGUGAAAAUGGUUUUCCAAAAGAACUUUUCACGUUUCUAAAAAAUAUUUUUUAUAUUUUCAUAAAUUAGUUAGGUAAGACUUUAUUACAUCCUAUAUUUAGGAUUUUAUCUUUCUAGACGAUUUUGUAGGAUGUUCGUUUUGUUAGUUUAACAUAAAGAAAUUUAAAAAUUUCACAGACUGUUCGUUUAGCGCAGACGAGGAGUUCCCAAAGAUUGGUGCAAUUUUUGCCGUAUUUGUUCAUAUUGUGGACAAAACGAAACAUUCUGGAUACAUACAAUGUGUAUAAGAAAGUGAUGAACGAUUUAGAUUGUGUAAAUAGUCACAAUAAAAGUUAGAUAACAGAUAAUUAUAUUUAAGAUUAUAUAUUCGUUGUAAUACUUUUAAAUAAUUUCUAUAUACGGUACUGAGAGUUGAACAAAUAACUUAACACGACAUACUAACGUGAAUUAAGAAAGUAUGAGUUAGAAUUAUGACAGUGUUCACGUUAAUAUUUUAACCCCUUCCAUACGGUGAUGCACCCAUGGCUGUUCGCUACGUACGGUCACAGAAUAAUAAACAAUCAGAAU